UUUUAUUUAGCCAGAUGACAAAAUGUCUGACAAUAUCAACUCUCGUUCAAGACAGUUUUUUUCUGCCAUCAGAUAUAAAGCUUUUGAUUAUGUCUGUGAGACAACAACUAAUCACAAGGUGACAAUGAGCUGGCUGGCCCUGCCGAUGCCCUACGAGGCUGGCAGCAGUGACAUUUACCCCCACACUGGAAAUGUCCCAGAGGUCGCCUACAGGACACCGUGGAUCAGAGGUAAGGUGAUAUCCACCUGCAAACUGUUUGUUGGUGGAUCUGUACUAGACGACUUAGGAGGAAAAGAGCAACCCAUUAAUUCACUGGAAAGUUUUGGUAUUACCAUGAGCCAGUUGAAAGGGCAUUCACUGGAGAUGGUACCCAGUUCAAAUCCUAACUCUGAAGAGGAUCUGGACCUGGAUGAAUACUUUUCCCUCUUAAAAGAGUCAAAAAUCCGUGAUCCAUGUCACGAAUCCUUUUCCAAAUACCUAACUGACCAGAUGUAUGAGAAAUAUCAGAACAAGGAUCUCCUCCUGCCAGAAGAGGUUGUCCUUGUUGAUCACCUGCCACAGUUUAAAAGGCAUUUACCCACGCUGAAGGCCAAGCUGUCCAGGCUCAGAAACCUGCCUGUGGCCGACCCUUUUCUCAGUUCCACAGGAGAAACCCUCUCUGAAGACACCAUACUGAGGCACUGUGCGUCCUUUGAAGCACCUCCUGAUGUACACACCAGUGGUAUUCAGACCUGCUCAAAGAUUUAUGAAGAGUUUGGCAAAGAGACACUAAUAAACGAAGAGUCUCUGCUGUUACCUGUCGAAGUGGACACCCUCAAACUCAGCAGAGACAACUGGACUCUGUUUCCAAGCAUUUGGGGUGUCAUGAAUAUUUCUCCUGAAAUGCUGGACAAGCAGCCUCCAGUCCUGGAUGUGCUUCAUAAAGGACUUCCCACUGAAAUGGAGCUGGACGUGAUACUGACUCAAACUCCCAGGUCCAGCCUCACCCAAACAUGUUUGUCCAAAUUUGAUCUCCAAGAGGAACAGCUGUCUCCGGUCUGCAGACAGUAUUUGGUAUCAGAGAGAGAUCAAAAGGAGAUGGAGAUGGCACUCUGGAAGGCAGAGAAGCACCUAAACUUUAUGCUGAGGUUGCUAUUGGCAGAGCCCCAAAGAGCUGAACCAGCUGUCGAGCUCCAGCCUCUGUCUGAAACCAUUAAAUUACUUAAUAUAUGUGAAGAAAGUUUUGCCAGUGUCAGUGAUGGCUUCAGUGACAAACUGCAGUCGCAGAUGGAGACAGGAGUGCCACAGGUGUAUCUGUCCAGCUGCUGUGAGUUCACAGAGAGAUUGAGCUCUGAGUUUCCCUCUGCCAGGGAGGAGAAGAUGGAAGCGUUCACCAAACAGUCACUUCACGAAACUGAAUCUCUUAACGAGGUGACGAGCCACACAGGCAGAGAUGAAGGUGGUAGUGUCUUUGUCCCCAGGCAGGCCGUCCUGCCAAGACUCAGUGUGAGAGAUAAUCACAGGAGUCUCCCAGUAGCCAAGCAUCCACCAAACAAAGACCUGGACCCUCUAUCCACCUUCAUAAUGUUGAGGACCCAGCUGAGAGAUGCUUCUCCUGUCUUCCCUCAGAGCUGUGCCACUUCUCCAGAGGUGAAGCAACCAGCAUCACAUCCUGAUCUGGAGCCGACUCCAGAGGAGAUGCAACACCUAGAUGGAGGACCUAUGAGUGGUGCUGUCGUUGGACAUGCUACCAGAGAGCAGAAACCAGCUUAUCAGACAGACAGUCCGACUGUCUGUCUUCCUGACCUUCAGGACAAACCAGGCAAUAAAGUUGUACAGGUGCAGGCAACAGAGACCCAGUGGCAUGCCUACUGUGAAGUGCUGGCCUUUGCUCAGCCAUAUCUGUGCAGGGCAAAGGAGCUGGGGCUCACCCACCCAGCCUGGGGAGAUCUUAGCAGCCUAGAUCCAGAUCAGACACACUUUCUCCUCAAACAGCAGGAAGUAGAGCUCUACAGGACAUGUGGCGAGGAGCUGGUCAGAGAUCAGAAGCUUCUUUUUGACCAGGUGGCUGUGGUACACGUCCUGGUGACAGUCAAGGACCUGCUCCUGAAGUGUGACCUCAGCACCGCUGUGGCCUACCUGGCCAAGUCCUGUGCAGGGCAGAGUCUGCAGCAGCUGGUGAGGAGGCUGCAGAUCCUCCUCUACCUCAGUCAGAGAAACCAGGAGCCCAACGUCAAACUGCUAGAGCUGCAGGACCAGCUGGCCACAUGGCUACACAGCAGGAGGCAACAAAACAUGAUGGACAAAGUUCUAGUCAUAAUAACAGCUGACUCUGACAGUGCCAGAAACAUCCUCAUCGAAGGCCUGAGCCAAGUGACCGGCACAGCUGUAACUGCAGUGUGUCCCGAUGAAACCAAGACUAAACUGAAUGGUGCCAGGAUGGUCAGCAGCGUGCACAACAGUGUGUGUGUGGUGGUGUGUGGACAGCAUAUAGGCGCUGACUUCCCCUGGCAGUGUUUCUCCCUGGUGGUGGAGUAUGACCACUCAGGCCUUUCUCCAUGGGCUGCUGUCUGCAGAGACAGGAGCAUCAGCCAUCUCACCUUCCAGACAGUCCUCCCAAGUGCUGAGACCCAGACAGCCUGUUGGUGCCUGGAGGACAACAUCCCCUAUGUGUUAAUUGUGACUGAGGGGCUUCUCAGCUGUCCAUUACUGCUACAGAUACUGGAGUCAACGUUUAAUAUAACUGUGCUGGAGAGGAGCCACUCUCCGUCCCUGCAGAUGCUAGGAGGGACACAUCACUACACUGUGAUCACAGUGGAUGAGAGUACUGCUAUCAUCAUUCAGGAGCAGAAGGAGCUAUGCAGGGAGCGGGCCUGUGAGGGAGUGGCGAUGAGGCUGUCUGCUCUGUCUCUGCAGUACAGCUGCUGCUGGCUUGUCCUACACUGCUCAGACAGCCAAGGAGGGUCAGUAUUUUCCAGUGAAGCCUUCAGCAACCUCGUGCUGGUGUACUCAUCUCUAGUGCUGUUCAGCAUGAAGACAGAGGACUUAAAUGUCAAGGUGCUGAUAGCGUCAGAGGUGCAGGAAAUAGCCAAGUGGAUCAGCCAGAUCUGCUUCCACAGCCUGACAGCCGGUGACAGAGACCCUCUCCACUACCUGGACAGAGACUGGCUGGCUGUGAUGCCCUCAGAGGAAGAAGAGUGUUUAUUGCAGUUUCCAUGUAUCAGCCCUCUGGUUAGUCAGCUCAUGCUGAGAAGGGCCCCGUCCCUCCAGUGGCUCCUGGGGGCCUCGCUCUCUCAGCUGGAGGAGCUGCUCCCUGAGGUGCCACAUAAAGUCCUCAAGCUCUUCAGUGACAUCACCUCCCUGUACAAUGUGAACACAGUCCCCAGCCAGCCAGAGUCAGAGGCAGCAUUCACCCAGAGAGACCACAGUCCCCCAAACAGCCCCUGGAGCUCCCGUACAGACCUCCAGCACACACACUUCAACACCCAACCAGAAACAUUCAGUACUGACCAUACCGCCAGCUUCCUGUCUCAGGCUGAGAGUCCAGUAGGAACCUUCUAUAAAGAACCAGAGCCAGGCAAGGCAGAUUUCCAAUUUGACCUGAGCCACUCCUUCAGCAGUUCAAACACACUUUUCCACAAGAGCUGGACCAACAGUGACCCAUGGAAAGAGGAGGGCAGCGAAAGGGAGGGGAUGCAGGUUGCCAAUUGGAGCAGAACUGCGAGAGCGGUGGGAAAAGUUGUAGGAAAAGGAAGUGAUGAAUGGACACAGAGGGUACCAACAAGUUGUGACACCUACACUGAGUACCUACACACCACCGACGACAAUCCUUUCAAAAUGGAGUCGGCUUCCAGUUCCGCUUUCCAUGCCAGCCUGAGUCAGCCAGCCUACUCCAGUGACAGUCAGAUGUUCCACACGUCAGUCUACACUGAUCUCCACCCUCCCAAUAGCCACAACGCUGCCCACGGCCUCAGCUCCCCUACAGGAGAAGGGCCAUGGGGCGGAGGCCACAGUGACAAUGGCAGCCCCUGCAGCGGUGCAGGGACGACAAGAAUUUGUCGCCCAAACUACGGCUCCAAGUACUGGAUGGGACAAGAGAGGAAGAGGAGGGGAGAGGUUGAAGGCUUUGGUGGCACAGGGCUGGCACAGUUGAAGAAGGCCAAGCUGAGCUAUGAGCGAGUUCCAGGCAGAAGUGAUGGACAGACGAGGCUUAGGUUUUUCUAG